CCUUUCAUUCGUUCUAAUUUGGAUAAGAAUUUUUAAUCUAUUCCCUAGAUGCUACAAUCUUCUAUAUUUAUAUUCUAAUAGUAGCCUUAUACUGAAAUGUUGAGGAUAUUAGUAAAACAAGGUUCCAUAUUGACUUACCAUCAGAAACGUACUCUUGUCAAUGUAAAGCUAAAAUGGGUUAAAGAUAGUGUCUUGGAUUCUGUAGUAUCUGGAGGUACACAACUAAAGGCAGGAACUACACUAGUUUCCAUCAUUGCCUCACAAUCUACUUAUGGUCUUCCUAUUUACCAUCUCCAAAGAAAGCAUCGGCACCUUGGCCUCCCUCACGACUUGAAAGUUUCCACUUUCCUUAGGCGAUACCCGAAUAUUUUUCAGGAGUUUUUUAUUCGUGAUAGUGCUGGCACUCCUGUUCCGUGGUUCAAAUUAACUCCUGAGACUUUAGAGUUUCAUCAUGAACAAGUUAACGUUCUCCGCCAGUGCAGCACAGAUAUUGUUAAUAGGCUGAGAAAGCUUUUGAUGAUGACCAACAAGAGGAUGCUUCCUUUUCAGACAGUUGAUCAGCUAAAAUGGGAUUUAGGCUUGCCACAUGAUUGUGCUACUUCAUUCAUUAUAAAAUAUCCUGAGCUCUUUAAUUUGGUGGACCUUCCUGAUGGUCGUGUGGGUCUGAAUCUUUUAGCAUGGGAUAAAAAAUUAGCUGUUUCCCAUUUGGAGGCAAAUUCUAAAAAGGAAAAUGGGACCUUGAUGUUUCCUAUUGGAUUCACCAGGGGUUUUGGGUUAAAGAGAAAAUGCAUGAAAUGGUUGGAGGAAUGGCAAAAGCUGCCUUAUACUUCUCCUUAUGUAGAUGCUUCUCAUUUGGACCCAAGGACAGAUGUGUCAGAGAAGAGGAUAGUUGGAGUGUUUCAUGAGCUUUUGCACCUCACCUUACAAAAGAAAACUGAGAGAAACAACGUUAGCAAUCUUCGUAAGCCAUUGGAAUUGCCUCAGAAGUUCACAAAGGUCUUUGAGCGGCAUCCGGGGAUUUUUUACAUUUCUAUGAAGGGUGACACGCAGACAAUCGUCCUUAGAGAGGCUUAUGAGCGCAAUCAACUGAUUGAGAAGCAUCCCCUUGUUCAUAUAAGGGAGAAAUUCGCGAACAUGAUGAAACAAGGUUUUCUAGAUCGUAGUAGAGGGUUAUAUAAAGACACUAACCAAGGUCCAGAAGAAGAGGAGUUGACAAGUAGUUUUGUUGGUGAGACCUCUGGAACUAGAUAUUACUCUGAUAUAGGCUCAGAUUCUGGUAUGUGUUUAGAACAUGAAGCAGAGUAGAUAAAGGUAUUUCAAGAAUGUUGAAGUCAUAAGCUGAGAGGUGAUUGGAUUGACUAUUUGAGCCUCUUAGAAACACGUGGAAGUAGAUUGGAUAUGCUCUUAGUAUACGAAUAAAAUUAGAUAGAGGUCCUUUAAAAAGUACUGUUGAAGCUAGAAGCUGAGAGGUGAUUGGAUAACAAAUCAAAGAAGACAGCCAUUUUAUAUCAAGAAGAGAGGGAGUUAACUAAUGCAAUUGAAAGAUGAGCUGAGAGUGUGAAUCACUUCCUUCAUGGCAUCAUUUCAGAGAACCGCACACGGAAUGCCCUUGGGCAUGUCUCAAUGAGUAUUAUUUAUGGACUUCUAUUCUGUAAGAAGUAUUCAACUGGAACUCUUGCGGCAACUGACUCUGUGGUGUCACCUAAAUGUGAUGGUAAGGGUUGUUUACCUUUUGCGAGGAAGUUCAUUUAUCUAAUUUUAGUUUCUAGAGGCUGGUUUAAGGCUUUGAGAUUCUGUCAGAUACUAUGUUCAUGUUGUUCUUUCAGACAGUGUAUGUGAUAGUUUAUGUCAGUGUUGUCACCAAGUUAUCUCCAUGAUACAUCAUUUAUUCCUUUCUCUAUUGUCAACAAGUUAUAUCCAUGACGCAUCAUUCAUUCUUUUUCAUUAAUUUAGAUUUUCAGGUCCCAUGAAUGAAUCUGAACAUAUGUGGAAAUAAAAUACCUUUUAAGAUGUCCCGGAAAUGGACACAGGAAAGUUUAGAUUGCUUUAGACUCACAAUCGUUUGGAAACCAAAAUGAAGUAUAUAUUUUAUGCCCCACGCACAUUUCAAGAGGAUUUGAAAUGAUUUUAACUAAGAAUCUUAUCAUCCACAGAGAAUAUUUAGCUUCAAUAUCAAGCUAAGGAUGUAUUACAUUAGGCUGAUGCAUUUGAGAUAUAAGUUCUUUCAGUACUAAAAAGCACUUCUUAUGUUUUUGGCAAAUAUUUGUUUAUUUAUUUUGAUUGGUAAAGUAAGUAUUUUAUCGACGUAUGGCAAAAAACUAGCAUUAAGGAGAUGCUGAUGAAAAGUACAUAUAGAAGAGAACUUUGCAAUGUGUGUAUAAGAGCUAAGAAAGUCAACAAUCGCCUCUGGAUCUAAAACAUAACUGGGAACUUUGUUGAACCAAAAAUUAAGCAUGGAUGUAUACACUUAAGCUUAAGAUUAAUAAUGUUGUUCUUCUUGUCUUCAAAAACGCUAGCAUUCCUCUCUCCCCAUAUGACCCACCAAAUCACCGCUGGAAUUGUCUUCCAAAUGCUCCUGGACAAUUUGGAUAAUUCCAGUUUAUGCCAAGAUAACAAGAAGUCCAUGGUACUUUUUGGCAUAGACCAUUUCAAGCCCAAAAUUUCAAUUUCUACUAUAUAGAAGAGUGAUACAAAGGAUGACCAAGUUCUUCCGUCCCUCUUGUUGUUCCAACAACAACGAAACAUGUGGAUUCUUCACAACUCUUCAGAAUUCCAGAUAGUGAUGAAUUGGCGAUAGUAACAUUCCAAGUCAACAUUUUUUUUUGAGAAGGUUUUUUGUAACUUCAAGAUCAUCAUCUACCAUUGGGCAACCAACAAAAGGUACAUAACAAAGGACCUCUGUCGUUUGUUAACAGGGCAAGUUGCAGUUGCAGUGAGGACGAUGGAAAGGUGGCAAAAGCAGUGGAAAAUUUAGCUUCGAAGCUCAGCAAGAACUCCAUUUAGGUACAAAGUACCAGGGGCAGUAAAGUGAAGAUUUCUAGGUUGGCAUAAGCCAAAUAGUGAGCUUUGAUUAUGCAUUGAUCUCUCCCAACAAAUGUACGGGUCACCUCAAAAAGACAUAUCUUGACACUGGAGAUAAAAGUACUGCAAAGUGGGAACUGGUGGAGAGCCAGAUAGCCAAGACCAUAAUUGGACAGGUUAUCAUUGCCCUUUUAGCUGUAUGUUUGCGAUCUUACUCUUACCUCAUGCUCAACAAUUGAAGCACUCUUAAUAAGCUGCAACACCCAAGAAAAGUUAUCCUGAUACUGUAUCUUUAUAUUGUACCUGUGACAGUAAGACCCAAAUCUUACAAAUUAUAUCGUACACAUUAGAAUUAUGCCCUUAAUAAGCUGUAAACACCUGAGAAAAGUUAUCUUGAUACUGUAUCUUUAUAUUGGCAUUUUGUGGUAUAGCUAAAUAUUCAAGGCCACUAUCCUGAUAGCUAAUUUAUGUCCUUUUUUAUCGUAUUGCUUGUCUUUGGACUAGCUGAAAAUGAUUAAAAUUCUCAUUGUGGUCCAUCUAAAUCUAAAUAGUAUGCAAGAGUUGCAACACCAGAAGAAACCUGCAUAUUGUGUUGUUGUGGUUGAAGAGCUAUGACUUGUGAUUUUACCUUUUGAAAAUUGUAUCUUAAUUAACAUGUGUUUUACAUUAUUAAU